AUGGCCGUGGCCACCGUGGCCAUCAAAGUGGUGCCCCUGGACAUGGCCCCGAAGUCCUUUGAUGACCAGUACCUGACCUGUGCCAAUAACAUGGUCAAGAGACUGCCAGAACUCAACAGGACUGAGUUCCGCCAGAAUGCUGAGUAUGCCCAGAUCUGGCCUAAGGCCAGGGCCAAGUGGCGGGCACGGGGGAGCCCCAUGGGCCCUCUGAGCCAGGACGAGGCCAUCGCCGUCAUGAUCUACACCAUGAAAGACUUGUACAGUAAGUUCAACGCGGCUGUGCGCGAGGCCGGGAGCUCCCGCCAGCAAUACCGGAAAAACUUCCACUUCAAAACGCUGCAUUUCCUGCUCACCCGGGCCCUGCAGAAGCUCAGAGUCCCCAACAAGUGCCAGGAUGUGUUCAGGGGGGUGAGGGAUUACCAGUUCAAGGUGAAGAAAGGUGCCAAAGUUCGCUUUGGUUACUUCGCAUCUACAUCGCCGAGCCGCACAGUCUCGGAGAAGUUCGGCAGGGACACGAUGUUCCGCGUGCACACGUGCCACGGCACAGACAUCCAGAAAUUCGCCUACGAUCCCAGCCUGAGGGAGGUGCUGAUCCCGCCCUUCGAGACCUUCAAGGUCACCGAUGUCACUUGGGAAGGGAGCACAAUGCGCAUUGGGCUGCGCUCCAUCGGGAACUCCAGCAACUACAACUGCGAGUGGCUGCGAGGUGGGUCCCUCCCCAGGACCUCCCCCCACCUCUGGGGGCUUCUCCUGGCCACUGUGACCAUGGCAGUGGUCACUGGAAGCCCCUGAGCCACGAGACCACCAAGACCACAGUGACCCUGGAGACACAUCCCCAUGGAGGGGUUUGGGAGCGGCAAUGGCACGGCCACCUCCUAAAGCUCCUUGGCUACCUCGCCUGAUGGAUCCAAAAACUGCUGCUUGCUCACCUGGCCUAUCAAAAGUUUAUCAA